AUGGCAUCUUUACAAUGUACAACCAUGGCAUUGGCCAUAGCUUUAGCUUUACUACUACAAGUAUGCUGUUUUACCAAAGUGCAGUCUUACUCUACUUUGUCAUCAGCUGAAAAAAUCACUCAAUUACCUGGGCAGCCUCAAGUGACUUUCCAGCAGUUUGCUGGUUAUGUGACUGUUGAUCAGAAGAAACAGAGAGCCCUCUUUUAUUAUUUUGUGGAAGCUGAAGUUGACCCUGCUUCUAAACCUCUUGUCCUCUGGUUAAAUGGAGGGCCUGGUUGUUCAUCAUUGGGGGUUGGAGCAUUUUCUGAAAAUGGGCCAUUUAGGCCAAGUGGGAAUGUGCUAGUCAGGAAUGAAUAUAGCUGGAAUAGAGAAGCAAAUAUACUGUAUUUGGAAUCUCCAAUUGGAGUGGGAUUCUCUUUUUCUACUGAUUCUUCCACUUAUGAAGGUGUAAAUGACAAAAUCACAGGCAUGGACAACUUGGUGUUCUUGCAAAAAUGGUUCCUCAAAUUCCCACAGUACAGAAAUAGAAGCUUGUAUAUCACUGGAGAAAGCUAUGCUGGCCACUAUAUUCCCCAACUAGCAGAGAUUAUGCUCCAAUUCAACAAGAAAGAGAAUUUGUUCAACUUGAAAGGAAUUGCUCUAGGCAAUCCGGUAUUAGAAUUUGCAACAGAUUUUAACUCAAGAGCUGAGUAUUUCUGGUCUCAUGGAUUGAUAUCGGAUACAACAUACAAAUUAUUCACGUCUACUUGCAAUUAUUCACGAUACGUUAGUGAAUACUAUAGAGGCACUAUAUCACCAGUAUGUUCCAGGGUAAUGAACCUUGUUACAACGGAAACUAGUAAAUUUGUUGACAAAUAUGAUGUUACUCUCGAUGUCUGUAUAUCGUCCGUGCUCUCACAAUCCAAAAUUCUUAGUCCUAAGCAAGUAACAGAGACUAUAGAUGUCUGUGUGGAGGAUGAAACUGUAAAUUACUUGAAUAGACGAGAUGUUCAAAAGGCUCUCCAUGCACAUCUUGUAGGAGUCAACCGAUGGCUUAUUUGUAGCAAUGUAUUAGAUUAUGAGCUGCUUGAUCUAGAAAUUCCUACAAUCCCUAUUGUGGGUAGAAUCAUCAAAGCAGGAAUUCCAGUUUUGGUGUACAGUGGAGAUCAAGAUUCUGUCAUACCUUUAACUGGAAGUCGAACACUGGUUCAUAGGCUGGCAGAAGAAUUACGACUAAGAACAAGUACACAAUAUAGAGUAUGGUUUUCUGGGAUGCAGGUUGGUGGCUGGACUCAAGUCUAUGGCAAUAUCCUUUCGUUCGCCACGAUCAGAGGGGCGUCUCAUGAAGCUCCAUUCUCUCAGCCAGAGAGAUCCCUUGUGUUAUUCAAGGCAUUUUUGGAAGGCAGGCCUCUACCAGAAGCUUUCUGA